AUGGAAACACCUCUGAGAAGAAAUCUGAUAAGUUUCGAGAGAGAGAGUGCUGUAAACACAGGACUUGCUCUCGUUUGCGAGAAAGAUCAGGGGUCUGUACAGUUUUCGAGAUUCGAGAGUCGAACACUGGCAGAUGGUUCUCGUCUCCCGCCGGCGGAUGCCACCCUCUUUUCCCGAUUCCUACAACCGAGUCAACGAGAGAGAGAACUGGAGAGAGAGAGAGAGAGUGUCCAAGACCAAGGGGACAAACUCAGGGGCUUUAGAAUCAUCUGUCUUCUUCGCAGGUUCCUCGAAAUUCAGGAGCGAAGAGCCCACGCUUAUGCAAAGCUUAAAAAGGGUUUUGCAGACUAUAUGGUUUCAGGAGGGGAAUCAGUUUACCAACAACUCUGCAGCGAGAUCACAGUAGAAUUCAAUGAGUGUUCAAAACAGGUCCUUGAAAUGGAGUCACUAUUUCUGAGCCCUGAUUGCUUCCGAGAUGAUCUAGCUCACCUUGUCAGAUCUAUUCAAGUACAGGAAAAGCAGAAACUGCAACUGACGGCCACAAUUCAAGUGUUGAAGAAGGCAGGUCGUCCCUCAGAACGUCUGGUAAGCCAUGAGAACUGCGGAUUUAAGAGGCCUAUGCAGCAUGAGUGUGUGCAUGUCCAUAAGAUAACUGAAGCAGCUGGUACUGAGGAGGCUGAGGCUGAUGCAGAGUAUGAUAAUGCUCUGUGCUGGAUGUGGAACUCCUCUCUACAAGGCAGGUCGUCCCUCAGAAAAGGAAGAGAAGGAUUUAGGCAGUGAUGGGAAGGUAUGUGUAGAAAAAUAAGCUGAAUAGGUUGAGGUCCGGCGGGCGGCUAAGGCGAGGUUGCUGCCCGCCGGGGAAGUGAAAAAUAUUAGGUUCUACACCUGCUCUGAUACCA